GCAGCACUACAAUGGCAAUAGUAAACACAAAGUGCAAUGAUGAUUUCGCGACGAUUUACACACGAGACAGUCUCGCAAUCGAUUCUGGUCAAGAAUAUGACAGUGCUCAGGCAAGGGUGUUUAAAAUAAUCGUCAUUGGGGAUUCAAAUGUUGGAAAGACGUGCUUAACUUACAGGUUCUGUGGUGGCAAAUUUCUCAAAAACCCAGAGGCAACAGUCGGUGUGGAUUUUAGAGAGAGGACCCUUCAGCUUAAUGGAGAAAACAUAAAGUUGCAGAUUUGGGACACAGCCGGGCAGGAACGCUUCAGGACGAGUAUGGUGGAUCAUUACUACCGCAAUGUCCAUGCCAUCAUCUUUGUUUUUGAUGUGACCAGCCUGGCUUCUUUUGAAAGCCUGCCAGAGUGGAUUGAGGAGUGUGGCCGUCACUCGGUCCCUCCCAUGGUGCCCCGAAUCCUAGUGGGAAACAAAUGUGACUUGAGGGAAAGAAGAGUGGUAUCCACUUUCUCAGCACAGCGACUCGCUGAUAGCUACAAUUUUCCUCUUUUUGAGACGUCUGCAAAGGACCCCGCAGAAAAAGAGCAUGUAGAUGCCAUCUUCCUCACAUUGGCCUACAAGCUGAAGAAUCAUAAGCCACUGAGGCUGAAACAGCUUAGUGAAACCAGCUUCACACUGCUAACUGGUGAACAGAAGAAAACCUCCUGUUUAUGCUAAGACACUUAAGCACAUCCAUUUUGUGGACAAGAGAAUAAAUGUGAGACAAAGUUGAGUUUACUGUAUGAAGUCAGAGCUUUCGUGUGUCAUUCAGUUUAGUGUACUCAGUUCUUGACUAUAGGGUGUCCAUUUGGUAUUUACAUACAGUCUGGUGUCUUUGGAUACGUGAGCUAUAUAGAUCAAGUGAAUGUUUUUUUUAUUAUUAUUAUAAAUAAGCAAGUGUUAAUUGUUGUGUCAGAUAAGCCCUCCUAUAUCAUGUAAUUGCUGCAUGUUAUAUUUUGGGACAUUAUUAACUUUGUCCAGAAACACACAAUUUUUAGUCAUUAUUAACUUUGCAUGUUGUUUCAAGGUUAUCUACUUCAACAAUUCUCAGUAUAGUAUUUUGAUACGAUGAAAUUUCUGAAAGCAGUCUGUUGGAUUGUUCAGAAGUUACGCUAAGGACAUUGUUGUGCACCUUGAAUACUCUGCUAUGGUUAAAUAGUUUCUGACAUGGAUCAUUUGCCAUCACAUAUUUGAAUCUCUACUCAGUCACUAAUUUAAAAACAGCACUUCUUCCACUCUUUAAAAAAAUCAACAUUUACAGUGAGUUGCAUAAUGCAACUAUAAAACAACUUUAGCCGUAAUGAUGGCUAUGAAACACUAGAUGUCACUACCUCACAUAGGUUUCCAAGGUGGUGUUUGAAUAUUUAUAUUAUUAAAAAACGAAUUGAGUUCAAUUAAGGGAAAAUACGUGAAUACACUUCUAUCUAAUCAAGCAGCUGAUUCUAUGCCAGUUGGUUAAUGAAACAUUUACAUUUAUAAAUUUAGCAGAAUUUUUAUCCAAAGCACAUUCAAUCUACACGUUUCUUUUAUCAGUAUUUGUGUCCUUGGUAUCUUUGCGUUGUAAGCACAAUGCCUCACCAGUUGGGCUGCAGAAACAACUAUACAAAAACGUAAACAAAACAUGAAGACACUAUUAGAAAACCACUGUUAUAUUGUUUUUAAUGGUAUUUAAAAGGCUGUGAUGUCUCGAAAUCUUCUUUUGAUAGGAUUAUUGUAAUCGUUUUGUUUGUGUGUGAAGCUUUUCUAAGCAAUAACAUUUUGAAAAUGCAUUGCACUUUAAAUUGAAAAUAGUAUGUCUAAAAACGUUUCAAUGAUUUGGCAUCAAAUAUGUUGUUUGUUUGAUGUUUCACAACAUUGUGUUUAAGAGAAAAGUUGGCUUUUAUUUAUAUAUGUUUGGAAAUUUAUUUGUUUACAUUUUUACUUUGUUAAAAUCAUGAAAAAAUGCAAUUGCAAUAAAUUAUUUUGAAAUGA